GAGGAGGUGGGGAGAUCCGGCUCGAGUGGAGGCUACGACGUCUCCUUCCUUCCUGGUUCCUGCAGGAGCUGCCGCCGCUGCUCAGCUCACAGAGAGAGACGGUGACUCAGAGGCAGUGCAGGGAGGCAGGCAGACCCGGCAGUCCAUGGGCACUACGGACAGUCUCAGGACCAUUAGGUGACAUUUCCCCCUGCCCACUACUCUGAUCGGAUACUUCCUCAUCCCCCUGAAUGGAUAGCCAGGAGAAGGACCCUGGCUCCCCUCAUCGGGCUGCUGCUCCCUCCCUCUCAGACAGCACCCAGCCUUCUAAGCACAUCACCCAGCAGGGUUUGGAACUAUGGGAAGUAGUGGAAGAGCCUCAGGGAAGACUGGGGCCAGAAGGCUCCCAAGCAGAGAGGCAAGAAGGUCAUUUGCUCAAGAAGAGAAAGUGGCCCCUGAAGGGCUGGCACAAGAGAUACUUUGUUCUGGAGGAUGGAAUCCUUCGCUAUGCAAACACUAGGCAGGAUAUUGCCAAGGGGAAGCUCCACGGCUCCAUCGAUGUCCGAUUGUCUGUCAUGUCAAUCAACAAGAAGGCUCAGCGAAUUGACCUUGACACUGAGGAUAACAUUUACCACCUCAAGAUCAAAUCCCAGGAGCUGUUCCAAAGCUGGGUGGCCCAGCUCUGUGCCCACCGAAUGGCACAGCGCCCAGAUAUGGCCAGAUGCCCAAAGCUACCAGUGAGUAGCACCAACCGGAAGGCAUCCAGUGCCCGCCUGGCAUCCACAGACAAUGUCUCUGCCCUGCCUGGCCUCGGCUCUCGGGACAAGGUGUCAUCUUGGCUGAAAGACAGUGAAGGACUAGAUCGGUGUUCCCAUGAGCUCUCUGAAUGCCAGGGGAAACUUCAGGAGUUGCAUAAACUACUCCAGAGCCUGGAAUCUUUGCACCGAAUCCCGUCUGCUCCCGUCAUCUCCACCCACCAGGCCUCAGUGACCACUGAGAGACCCAAGAAGGGGAAGAGAACCAGUCGAAUGUGGUGCACUCAGAGCUACGCCAAGGAUGACACCAUUGGAAGGGUGGGCCGUCUCCAUGGUUCAGUUCCCAACCUGUCUCGAUACCUGGAAUCCCGGGAGCCCUCUACUCCUCGAGGGCUGCCCCCAACAGACUAUGCCCACCUGCAGCGAAAUUUCUGGGUCCUAGCACAGAAGGUGCAUGGCUCUCUCAGCAGCGUCCUGGCUGCCCUCACUGCUGAAUGGGAUCGACUUCGGGCCAGUCACCAGGGUUCAGAGAUGCAGAGACUAGGGGUCUCUGAGGUUCCAGAUGGCCAGAGACGCUCCCAUACCCUGUCCAUCUCCUCUGACACAACAGCUGAUUCCUUUAGCUCCCUCAACCCUGAAGAGCAGGAGGCUCUGUACAUGAAAGGUCGAGAGCUAACCCCCCAGCUUUCCCAGCGCAGUGUCCUGUCCCUGGCCGAUUCCCAUACAGAGUUCUUUGAUGCUUGCGAGGUUUUUCUCUCUGCCAGCUCUUCAGAGAAUGAGGGCUCAGAGGAAGAGUCCUGCACCAGUGAAGUCACCACUAGCCUGUCAGAGGAGGUGCUGGACAUCGGGAGCUCUGAGCACUGCCAGAAAGGCAGCUGUGUUCCAGGGGGAGCCGGGCUCCCCGCUCGGCGGCGCUGCCUGCCCGCUGCCAGCGGCCCGGGGACCGACGUGAGCCUGUGGAAUAUUCUGCGUAACAACAUUGGCAAAGACCUGUCCAAGGUAUCCAUGCCGGUACAGCUCAACGAGCCCCUCAACACGCUUCAGCGGCUCUGUGAGGAGCUCGAGUACAGCAACCUGCUGGACCAAGCGAGCCGUACGCCAGACCCCUGCGAACGCAUGUUAUACAUUGCAGCCUUUGCUGUCUCUGCUUAUUCCUCUACCUAUCACCGGGCCGGAUGCAAACCUUUCAAUCCUGUUCUGGGGGAAACCUAUGAGUGUGAGCGGCCAGACCGAGGCUUCCGAUUCAUUAGUGAGCAGGUUUCCCACCAUCCACCUAUAUCUGCUUGUCAUGCAGAGUCAGAUAACUUCAUCUUCUGGCAAGAUAUGAAGUGGAAGAACAAGUUUUGGGGGAAAUCCCUUGAGAUCGUACCCGUGGGGACUGUGAAUGUCAGACUUCCCCGGUUUGGGGACCACUUUGAGUGGAACAAGGUCACAUCCUGUAUCCACAACAUCCUAAGUGGCCAGCGCUGGAUUGAACAUUACGGGGAGGUACUCAUUCGAAACACUCAGGACAGCUCCUGCCACUGCAAGAUCACCUUCUGUAAGGCAAAGUAUUGGAGUUCCAGUGUCCAUGAGGUACAAGGGGCUGUGUUCAGCAAAAGUGGGCGUGUUAUCCACCGGCUCUUUGGCAAGUGGCAUGAGGGGCUGUACCGAGGGCCCCCACCUGGUGGCCAGUGCAUCUGGAAACCGAACUUGAUGCCUCAGGACCACGAGCGGAACUUUGGCUUUACACAGUUUGCCCUGGAGCUGAACGAACUGACAGCUGAGCUGAAGCGCUCUCUGCCUUCCACCGACACUCGGCUUCGGCCAGACCAGAGGUAUCUAGAGGAGGGGAAUAUUCAGGCUGCCGAAUCCCAAAAACGGAGGAUCGAACAGCUUCAACGAGACCGCCGCAAAGUGAUGGAGGAGAAUAACAUCACCCACCAGGCUCGAUUCUUCAGGAGGCAAACAGAUGGCAAUGGAAAGGAGUGGUGGGUCACCAAUAACACCUACUGGAGACUGAGGGCUGAGCCCGGCUAUGGGAACCUGGAUGGGGCUGUGCUUUGGUAACCUUGGCCCCUGGAGGGGGUUGCAGAGACCUUUAGCGCUCCUCGAGGGCAAUGUGCUACUUCUUUCUCCUAUUGCCUUGCAACACUAUGGAUGCAUGGAAUGGGGCAGAACAUUCAUCCUCUUUCCCUGGAGACGAAUGGGCUAGCCUGUCGCUCAUUUCCUCUGCAGGCCAGAGGAACUGGAUCCUAUCAUGUGGGUUUUUUUUGAGGGGGGGGAGGUCACAAGCUUGUGGUGUCUCCCCUACCCUGGUCUUGUUGCACAAGCAACAGACGUGUAAGAUGUGUCUUUGUCCUCUCACAUACCAUUUCGCUUUCCCACACUGGCCUAUGGGAGGGAGACUUCAAACUUUCCACCCGCUGUUCUUUCAUCCAGUGCCUUGGACACGAAGGACUCUGUGACUGUGACCUUCUCCUCAUGACCCUCUCCACCUCCUCCCCUCCAAUAAAUCCUUCCAGAUUUGGCUGAGAUGGGGACAGUCCUUGGUUUCAGCCUCUACAUUGAUGCCCCUCCCUUUGUUGCCAGCAUCCCUCCACCAUUUCCACUUCCCACCCCUUUGUCUUCAACCGUCUCACUGGCUGUUCCCUCAAAAUCUGCAGCACUGAUCUGCUUCUGCUGUCCCUGGGCUCCACCCCUGACACUUUUGUGUUAGCUAUGGGUUCUGUAGGAAAUGAUGUUAAUGCAAAGAAUUGUAGGAUAAAAGAAGCUUGGCAGCAUCUGAGAGUCAGAGGUGGGGCUAGGGCAGGUGUGUGUGUGUGUGUGUGUGUGGUUGGGAAGGGGAUAGAGAAGCUGCUUGCAGGCAGGCAGGCUUCCUCAGAAAUGGCUCCUGGGAUCCUGGGUCCCUCCUCCAUGGUAACUAUUUCUUUUCAGGCCCUCUCUGUCUUAAGGUGAAUUCCCAUGACUUUCUGAGCUCCAAUAAAGGCAGUCCCAGA